ACAGACAAUCUCGCUCCCUUCUGAGCUUCUCCUAAACGGAUAUUUAACCACCACCCAACCGAGACACCACCCCCACCAGCACCAACCUGCUGCUAUGUGUAAAGGACUAGCAUCGCUGCCUACCUGCUGCUUGGAAAGAGCCAAGGAGCUGAAAGCAAGGCUGGGAAGCAUUUUGCAAAAACCCAACUGGAACCUCUCCUGCUGCAAAAUAGGGAAAAAUAAGCCAACACUGGAGGAAUGCCUUAAGUGGAAGGAGUCCUUUGAACAACUCCUGUCCAGCAAAUAUGGACUGUGUGCCUUCACAGCCUUCCUGGUAUCUGAGUUCAGCGAGGAGAACAUUGCGUUCUACUUUGCCUGCGAGGAUUACAGGAGUACCAAGUCUGUUGCCAAACUACCCACUAAAGCCCAGAAGAUCUAUGAUGAAUUCAUUGGCAGUGAUGCUCCCAGGGAGAUUAACAUUGACCACGAAACUCGUGACAUCACCAAAGCCAACAUGUUAGCCCCCUCACCAUCUUGCUUCGAUCUGGCCCAGCACAAGAUUUACAUGCUCAUGGCCAAAGACUGCUAUCCUCGCUUCCUCCGCUCUCCAACCUACAGGGAUCUGGUGUGCCAAGCCAAACCGAGCACCAGGGCCACCAAGCAACCUGGGCAGGAGAAGAAGGACUGAAGACGCAUCUCUGUGAGCUGAUAAGGGAUCGUUAGUAGUCGCCUUAAGGGUUGAGAGGGCAAGAGAAACGCAGCAUUGGGUGCUGCAUCCUAAUGCCAGGUGCUGAUGCAGACGCAGAGAACGUCAUGAGAGCAGCGGUGGAUUCUGUAGAUGCCACCUUUGAAGAUGAGGAAGGAAAGAAGAGAGAAGGAAAAUGGAGCGAAAGUUGGAGGUUGAUGCCUUAAAGUGGACUAAUGUGUGAAUUCAGAUGAAGGUUGGACUGCAAAGUCAAGAGACAGAGUAACAGACUGAGUGACAAUCAAACAGGAGGGCAGCAGAAGUGGGAGAAGCACUUUUCUUUGCCAUUAGGCAGACUUAUGUGGUUGUGAUGUGCAAUGUCCUUCUGUCAAACUUGUACACUGUUUGUGACUUUAUGAAUUUGUAUUUAUUUGUAUUUAUUUGCCUGUAAUAUAUUUGUUGCAUUUUUACCAAACAAUGAUAAAAAACAAUGUGCAAUUUAAUUUAUAAUAUUAUAAUAUUUAUAUCACUGUUGUCUUUUUUACAUACCAGCAAAUAAAUUAUUUGAAAAAUAAAGUAUGAAAACAUGAUAAAA